CCUCGGCUGUGUGACCGUCUCCUCUUGGUUACUGAAUCUUUGUUGUCAAACGUUGCUAAGGAAGUCAGCGCCGCUUCUGCUAAACUCGCCUCUUCGACACCAGACAGCGGGAACACGAGGCAGCUUCACUUCGGUGCGUGAACAACAACACGACCCGGAGACCGCGACGUCGACCGUGGAUCAACACAACCGUACAAACCUCCGUUAGCUCAGCUAGCUAGCUAGCUAGCUAGCUGCUGCACCGCUGCUGCUCUGCUAACGCUUCUUAUAGCUUUGCCAAGUGGUCGCGUUGCGGCUCGCCGAAUUAAAGCGGAUUAAAUGAAGCUGGUGUCUGAAUGUGACUCGUUGGAUGAACGACGGCGAGUUCAGCACGAAUCACUGCGUCUCUGUGUGGAGCUGUGUAGUUGGACGAGGGUUAGCGUUAGCUAGCUGCCACUGCUAUCGAUCAAUCACUGCUAACUAACUAAUGCUAGUGGUUGGAGGUGUGUGUCACUCAAGCAAUGAGAGAGGUUUCACCAUCUGACCACAGCGGGUCUGCGACAUGACGAGAGGAUGACUGAGAAUGGCGAGGACGGCGGCGUCCAUCUGCAAAGUGAAGCUCCCGACAAAAAGGAUUCAGUUGUCAAUGACAGCAGGCCACUCAAAGGCCCCUUAGUGGAUGUCAAGCAACAAAAUGAUGCCCUUAAACUCACUGCUAGAAACAAAGAGGGAGAGCUCAUUCCAUACCAGCCUCGGCCGCCCUUACUACCCAAGCAGACAAAGUCAAAGAGGAGCGGCUCCGUCGAGGAGACAGUGAGAAACAGGAGGCUGAGAAACAGCCAGGAGAGCCUGAGUGACCCGGCUGAGACUGGCUCCUCCACAGACUCCCUGAAAGAGGACCAAGCAGGACCAAAUCCAGGUGGGUUCAUCGUCAGUAACGCUGCAGCCGUCAGGAACCAGGACUCCAGUGCGAGACCCCUGUCUGCCACUUCUACAGGAUCCCCAGUCUUCCGAGAGCGAGGGAGUAGUCUCUCAGAUUAUGAGAGGAGGCCUCACAGCCAGCAGAGCGACCCCACGGACCAGCAGGCGCGGUCCACCAAGGUGCGCCUGUCCCCGGUGCAACCCACGGGGCGGCUGCCCGCUCUGGAGAAGAGCUUUGUGUCAGCCACUUUAAGGGCCGCUAAUAGGAUUGACAGGGAUUGUUUGGAUUAUGCCGUGCUGGCCAGAGAGAAGCUUGGGGAGAGACUCCACAGGAACCUGAGCGACAGCCGGCUUCUGGAGAACAUGGGGUCGGAUAGUGCCUCUGUCAACUCCAUGAGGUCCACGUACAGCGUGCUCAGCCCCAUCAGACCUCAGGAUGUCAGGAACAGAAGUUUCCUGGAGGGCAGCGUGCUGGGAAGCGGUGCGUUGCUCGGGGCUGAGGAGCUGGACCGCUACUUCCCUGAAAGGAGAGUGGGCGUUUACGUCGCCACGUGGAACAUGCAGGGAGAGAGGGGGCUUCCAGUCAACUUAGAUGAUCUCCUCCUUCCAACAGACUCUGAAUUUGCACAAGACUUUUAUAUUAUCGGGGUUCAGGAGGGCUGUCCCGACAGGAGGGAGUGGGAGACUCGACUUCAGGAGACCCUGGGACCUUACUACGUCAUGCUGUAUGCAGCGUCACAUGGCGUUUUGUAUCUCACUGUAUUCGUCAGAAGAGACCUCAUCUGGUUCUGCUCUGAAGUGGAACACGCCACAGUCACAACCAGGAUCAUCUCUCAGAUCAAGACAAAAGGGGCUGUGGGGAUUGCCUUUACUUUUUUUGGAACUUCCUUCCUCUUCAUCACAUCCCAUUUUACCUCUGGAGACGCCAAAGUUUACGAGAGAAUCCUCGAUUACAACAAGAUCAUCGAGGCUCUAGCUCUUCCAAAAGGCCUUCCAGACACAAACCCUUACCGCUCCACGCCGUCUGACGUCACCACAAGAUUCGACCAGGUCUUCUGGUUUGGAGACUUUAACUUCCGGCUGUGUAAGGACCGUGGUGAAGUGGAGACCAUCAUGAACCGCACCACAGGAGGCGACAUGGGCCCCCUGCUGGAGCACGAUCAGCUCUCUAAGGAGAUGAAGGAGGGUUCUAUCUUUAAAGGCUUUCAAGAGGCACAAAUACACUUUCCCCCAACGUACAAAUUUGACGUCGGCUGCGACGUCUACGACACAACUUCUAAACAGAGAACGCCUUCAUUCACAGACAGGAUCCUGUUCAGGAACAGACAGGCCGACGACAUUAAGGUGGUCAAGUACAGCAACUGCUCCAGCAUCAAGACCUCAGACCAUCGACCCGUCAUCGGUGUCUUCCAGGUCAAACUAAGACCAGGCAGAGACAAUAUUCCCCUGGGAGCGGGACAGUUCGACCGAGGCUUGUACUUGGAGGGCAUUCGGAGGAGGAUCAACAGAGAGCUGAAGAGGAGGGAAGCCAUGAAGAACCAAGGUAGCAGCACCAUCUGCUCCAUCUCUUAGACCUUUAAAGUGGAUUCUCUGGACCAGACCAGACCAGAUCCAACUGUUCCAUAAACAGGUGGUAAAGGACCAAAAAGAAACCAGAGUUGUCUUGAAGUCCUGCUCCGGUGAAAAUCAUGUUUUCAUGACCCCUUUGUGCCUUUUUAUUGGACAGAAGACAAAUGAACCUCUGUGACACCACAGUGAACAAAUGCAAGUCUGAAAACAACGGAUCAUCAAAUCAAAUCAUAUUUUAAUUGUAUAUCCCAAAUUCACAAAACACAUCUUGCCUCAGAGGGCCUUACAUCUGUACAGGCAGUGACACCCUCAUGGAGGUUUUGACACGUCACAAACCUAAGAAACCCUUCCUGUCAACUUGUAGCUGGAGAGGGCUCAACUACAGGUGAGCUGAGGAGGUGAGGAGACGGGGAGCAGGAGGCCACGUCAUCGUCACCUUCACAGAUCCUACUCACGAAACAAGAGAGGAAGGUGUAGAGUUGUAUUCGACUCAUUUUAAGGCAUUUCUCACAUUAAACCUUUUGAAUAUUUCAUUUUGGGGAACAGAGUUGAUUUGAUUUGGGAGGGAAUAAGCUCCCGGAGUGGGACUUUAACUACAUAGAACCAAGUGGCGGUUGUGGUAACUGAGCAGACUGCGCCCUCUGUUGGGCAUUCAGGAGAACUUCUUGUGAGUGAGUGUGUGCUGCUGGUCUAAGGGAAUGUCUGGCUGUCCUUGAGGGCAGGGACCGUGAGGUCAGUCAGGCAGGCAGAUGUUUGCGGACACAGCAGCAGUCUGGCUUUUAUUUAUCCGUCGCUCUACUCUUCAGUCUUCAGUCACACGCUGCAGUGUGAGCUGACGUAACUGCAUUUCAUUUUCUAAUUAUUUUUAUAUGUAUUUAAAAAGCAUCAUGAAACGCAGUGUUAACGUUUUUGUCUGAAUUUGACAUUGUUGUUGAAAUGCCUCGCGACUUAGGGAAUCACACAAAAGUACAGUGAACAUUCAGGUGCACCUCGAAUCACACCGGUGGACUUUCUCUUUUAAAGUUGAGAUACAGUCUGAUUGAAUAAGGGAGCUGUUCCAUUAUUUCCCUCAUCAAGUCAAAUGGCACAAAAUCAGCGAGCACUCAAGUGAUGACGUCGUUACAUGGUACUGUUGAAUUUCAGGACGAUAAAGUGUAUUUGAUGUUUUAUUUUUAAGGAACUCACUUCCUGUCAAAUAGACGGAGGAUUUUAUUUAAUUAACGUUAUUGCCGGGAACACAUUUUUCUCUUAUCAGGCCAAGUGAUCCUUUACAGCAGAUUCUAACUCAUUGCCUUAACCUCUCAUCAGCCUGCUGUGUAACCUCAUAUCUACUGUAACCUCUCCAUGUACUGUAUGUUACAUUAAUGAACUUGUUUCCAUCAUUCAGAGCAGUCUGCUCCACGAAAAGUGCCUGUAGGUCUUGUUUUCAUUUCCUCAGGACCUCUGUCUUUUUCUAUGUUCACCUGUGAUGUCACAGCGUUAAUAAACAUUUUAAAACAGAUUUGUUUGUCGGCUUAAUCGUCGUAAAUCACACUGCAACGCUGGAGCUUUGAAAAUAUAUUAUUUUUCAUAGAGAAAAUAAUAUAUUUGGUUUACAGAGGUCACAUCUAACAUAUCAGCUUUGGUGAGAAGCCACUGAAAUAAAAGUGAAAUACAUGUCGGUGUAUUCGGAAACAAACCAAAACAAUAAAACAUUUUAAAUGUUGAAGCAGUGGAGACGUCUCAGAAAGUAAACCACCCACUCCUGUCCAAAAUAAUUUACUGUCAAACGAUGCCUUUGUUUUAUGCCCGUUAAGUUUAUUGAAAUCUACACGGACACUAACAAAACCAGAAACAUAAAAAACAGAAGGUUUCACUGUAGAUUUCAGUCUCUCUACAGAGCGUCUGAGACAAACGUGACAGAAACCAUGACCUCAGUCCACAGAUGUACAGUUGGCCAGCAAUGUCUUUAUCACAAGUAUCUUGAUUAACCAUUGCAUUGCGUCUCCUGAGCCUGUAAAGAGAGAUUGUGAAGUGCUUUUGUAUAAAUAGUGAGUUUUUUCAGUUUCUUUAAUACCUGCUCGAAAAAUAAAAAGGUCUGAAAAGAAUUUUAAGAGCGGAACGUCCGAAAACUGAAAAAUCCAAUGGCUCAAUAAAAAGUAACAGCAUAGACAGUUUUGCGGAUGUUACCCACCCUCCUUUCUCUCGUCUCGCUGCUGAUUUCUCUGUAAAAACUAAACAUCUAUACUGAGGGUUUUUUUUAAACAGGAAAUGAAUACUCAACUUUGCCCGUGGGGGGCAGGGCAUUGUCCC